CUGUUACAAAGAGAAGUGGCAAGGAACUACAAAAGGAUGGCACCUCUGUACAUCAGUUUUGGGUUCCUACUGAUUCUUGGAUCGGUGCAUGUCAGUUUAUCUUCCUUCUACGAUGGCGUGGAAGAGCUGGACAAUGAUAUAAUUCUCAACUCGGUUCAGGAGGCAAAAAAGCUGGUGGAUACUGCUUAUAAACGCACCCGGGAUGUCCUCAAGGCACGCCUAAAACAAAAAAAUGUGCGUCCCUCUGAUGUCAUGGCGUUCUUUAAGCAACCGGUAGCCACCAGCAGAACCCACAUCCGAGCUGCUGAUUAUAUGGGCACCACACUUGAACUCCUUUCAGAGAAGAUUCAGAGUGUUUAUAGGAGACCAUUCAACAUAACAGAUGUACUGACUGCCAACCAGCUUGACACAAUAUAUAAGGUUUCUGGAUGUGCUUUCUUACAUUUGUCAAGGCCUUGUCCCAAUAGCCGAUAUCGCACCUUCACAGGGGAGUGUAACAACAGGAGGUUUCCCAACUUUGGCGUCUCCAACAGGCCCUACACACGCCUGCUUCCAGCACAGUAUGAGGACAGCAGAUCCCUUCCCCGCGGGUGGACAGAGAAUCGAAGGAUCAAUGGAUUUAUGUUGCCUCUAGCACGGGCUGUAUCCAACCAGAUUUUGCAAUUUCCUGAAAGGGAACAGACCCUGGACAACCAACGCUCCCUCAUGUUUAUGCAGUGGGGUCAGUGGAUUGAUCAUGAUGUUGACUUGGCACCUGAAACACCUGCAAGGUCAAGCUUCUUGAAGGGAAUAGACUGUGACCACAGUUGUGCAAAGGAGCUGCCCUGCUUUCCUUUACGGAUUCCACCAAAUGAUCCACGGAUCCAAAAUCGAAGUGACUGUAUCCCACUCUUCCGCUCUUCUCCAGCUUGUGUGCCAGGACCUGUGCUAGAACAAAUCAAUGUUCUCACCUCUUAUGUUGAUGCCAGCCAGGUGUAUGGAAGCACCAAUGACUUAGCCAGAAUGCUUCGUAACAACACUGCCGGGCAGCUGGGCCUAAUGGCUGUUAAUACCAGGUUUACUGAUGGCGGCCUUCCCUACCUGCCCUUUAGCACAAUGAAAGAAGACUUCUGUGUUUUGACAAAUGAGACAUCAGGUUUACCCUGCUUUUUGGCUGGGGACGCCCGUGUCAGUGAGCAGCCUGGCCUGACUGCAUUCCAUACCAUUUUUGUGAGAGAACACAAUCGCAUAGCCAGAGAGUUACGCAGAAUAAACCCCAACUGGACAGGGGAGAUCAUAUUCCAGGAAGCGCGGAAAAUUGUUGGGGCAGUUGAGCAGAAAAUAAAUUACAAGGAUUAUUUACCGCUGCUACUUGGUUCUUCAAUGCCUCGAGUGCUUCCACGCUACACUACUUACAAUGACUCAGUGAACCCUGGAGCUUCCAAUGUUUUCAGCCUGGUCUUUCGCAUGGGCCACACAAUGAUCCAGCCCUUUAUCUUCAGGCUGGUAGAUGGUUACAGAGCCUCGUCGUCCCUUCCUCCAGUCCCUCUGCACCUUACCUUCUUCAAUACAUGGCGAGUCAUUCUCGAAGGUGGUGUUGACCCUCUCCUUCGUGGGCUUAUCGCCAAUAAAGCAAAGCUGAAUACACAAACCCAGAUUUUGGUGACUCAGUUAACGGAUCAUCUUUUUGAGCUGUUCAAGCGUCUCGGUCUUGAUCUUGGCGCAAUCAACAUGCAGCGCGGGCGCGAUCAUGGACUGCCAGGAUACAAUGCAUUUAGAAGAUUAUGUGGGCUUUCUCAGCCACGCAAUGAAUCUGAACUGGCUGCUGUGCUGAGAAACAAUCAACUGGCCCAGAAACUGAUAUCCCUUUAUGGGACACCUGAUAAUAUUGACAUCUGGAUGGGGGCUGUUGCUGAGCCAUUGAUUACCAAUGGCAGAGUGGGAGAACUGCUGGCUUGUUUGAUUGGGGACCAGUUCCGUAGGACCCGUGAUGGAGACAGAUUCUAUUAUGAAAGGGCCUCUGUAUUCACACCAGCUCAGCUGAGAUCAAUAGAAAGAGCUUCCCUUGCACGUAUUGUCUGUGACAACACAAGGAUCACAGAGGUCCCCCGAGAUGUAUUCAAGGCUAACAACUAUCCAGCCAAUUUUGUGCGCUGCUCAUCGAUUCCAGCUCUGGAUUUGUCCCCAUGGAGGAGAAGGAGAGGCGGAGAAGAACUGGAAGACCCUCCCAUGUAGGCAGCAGAAGGCAAUUUAUGGCUGGGUGCCAUUCUCUUUUUUUAUCGCCUCUGUGUACUUUCCGCAUAUCUGUAGGUUUGUCAUAAACAUCAAAGCAUAUAAGCAUUGUUCUGCAAUAUUAAUAUCAAACUAUAAUCUGUGUGUUUGCACUUAUUAAAUUACCCCAAAGGUAAAAUCUUUCCUUCUAUGCAGAGAUCUGUGGUGUUCUGUAGCUAUGUAAAUAGUAAAAUUAUCAGGCAGUUCCUAGAACAUAAGGGGUCAUUUACGUCGCAGAUGCAGCUUGUGCGUUUCCACUUCGAAACCAGACAGGAGCUCCAGGGUUGAUUUGUUUAUUGAUGGAUAUUGUGAUUUUUUUUACAAAUACAAUACUGUUGCUGCACAAUAACCUGGUAAAUAAAAAUGUUUAUGUAACUAUAGUA